CGUUCAACAAACGUAUCUUAUGGCAUAUAAAUACUUUGUUCAAAAGCCAUAGUUGAAGGAGGGUCACUUUGGGGUUUCUCUCGCUAACUAGGGUUUUACAAGACAACCUCUCUCUCUUCGCUUUUCCUCAAUCCAACCCUUUCCAAAUCAAAUAUGAGUCUUCACCCUGAGGUUAAGUGGGCUCAGAGAGUUGACAAGGUUUAUAUCACGGUGCAAUUAGCCGAUUCCAAAAAUGCAAAAGUGGAUCUUACGCCAGAGGGUGUUUUUACCUUCUCUGGCAGUGCUGGUGCUGCAGACCGUCAGUAUGAGCUUAAACUGGAGCUCUUUGACAAGGUUAACGUAGAGGAGAGCAAAAUUAAUGUAGGAGUGCGAAGCAUAUUCUGUGUAGUGCAGAAGGCAGAGAAUGGAUGGUGGAAAAGGUUACUGCGUGCAGAAGGCAAGCCUCCACAUUACGUGAAAGUAGAUUGGGAUAAAUGGGUGGAUGAGGAUGAAGAUGAUGGUAACGGUGAACUGGACUUGGGAGGGAUGGAUUUCUCGAAAUUUGGCGGGAUGGGUGCUGAUGCAAUGGGAGGAAUGGGAGGAAUGGACUUCUCUAAAUUUGGCGGAAUGGGUGGUGAUGAUGCAAUGGAUGACAUUGAUGAGAGCGAUGAUGAAGAGCAAGAAGUGUCAAAGCCUGUAGAACAAGAGGCUGGCGAGGCAUCUACAGAGAAAAAAGAGGCUGCUCCGAGCACAUAAUGCCCUUGCAGUUCAGGACGCUGCCAUAGAUGCUUAUGAAAAUUCUCGAGUGAAAUUUUCUUUCUGUACCAUUGAUUGGUAGUUGUUUUAAGCGGAGACGUUCAUGUGUCUCUCUGUGUUGGCUAAACAUUUAGCAGUUAUAAUUUACCAGAAAAAAGCUCCUUCUAGUUGAAUUAGGAUAUUGUAUAAUUUGAGGAUAUUUAUUUUCAUGCAUGAAUGGCGGUAUCUGGAUUUCUAUAUUUUUAUAUUGCAUGUCUUUGAACCUGCUUAGAUGA